AUGGCGCCUUGGACAACCAUCUACAACGGUAAGUCUUUGAUUCUAGCAGAGACACCGCCUCCGCCGCCGCCCAAAAGUUCGCCUAGCUCCUCCUGGUCCCCUUCGCCAACACCAUCCCCAUCGACUCCUCAAACUUCUCGUCCGCCUCAGACAACCAAGACAAGCCAAGAGACUUUCAACCCAUCGGACGUGCCCACGGUCUUCCCCUCAUCGACGUCCGCGGCCCAGAAACCGGGAGCUUGCGGCGAAGACAGCCAUUGCAAUAGCCCAAACUACCAAUGCGGGCGCGACCAAAAACCAGCCUGCAAUCAAGCUGCCAAUGUCUGUCAUUGCCUAGCCCUGCCUAAGCCCACGUCCAAACCGACUUCCACUACCACGGCGGCCAAGGCGACCAAAAACACCAGCAAAGCGCCAUAUCCCAUAGUGACGCAAUGGAUAAAGGACAUGAAGAUCAAAGUAGGCAAGCAGAAUUGUCAUGCCAAGGGCUCCUGCGGCGAGAAAGAGGUCAUCGAUGGCCCAGAACUCCUAAUUGAUGCCAAGAAGAUCUGCGCAGCGUUGAACGAGAAGAAGGUGCGACUGUCGCCCGGCGACAAAGAGUACAAGUCCAAUGGCCUAGGCGGACAUGGUUCGAAGCAUCAUUUUACGAUAUCCUGGAUAGAGGGCUGCACCUUCCCGAGCAAGGACAGGACCAAGUAUGGUAUGAGGCUCUUUGAUCCAAUGGAGACCCGUGAGGAAGUCAUGGGCGUGAACAGGUGCGAGAAUUUGCUGAUUGGGAAUUGGAAAGAUUGUGUUCUAACCAACGUUGGCAAAGGGGGAUCCCGAGAUAUAGGCUGCCUGCGAUACUCUACGGGGCCGGGAGAAGAGGGGAACGCGGGCACUGGGAUUGGGAUCCAGGAAAAGCUAAAGGAACUUGGCAAAGACCUGGGACCGUGGGAGACGGUAUUCUGA